UUUCGAUUUAAAUUUAGCUGUCCACUCCUCACUGUGCAAGUAAAGGUAGAUGCUGCUAUGGGAAAGCGCCGACUGCAUCAGUUCCUUUCUUCCCGGCCUGGUUAUCAUCCUCAUCCUUCGACGCUCGAUCCCUCCAGCUGAAGAUCUCGCCAUUCUCUGACUUCCUGCACUUGACUGUAGGGCACAACUGCAUCCACUUUGACUUCGAUCGAGCAAGGAAGCUGCAGGGGCCUACCUGUGUUCAGGCACUCCUGCAAGUGCAGCUAGCACUGAUCUAGGCUGCUGCUAAUAAUUUGGUAAGGGAAGAAUGGAUGGCCCGAUCAACAUUGACGACUCGCGCUGGGACGAGGUGAUGUUCAUCAACGGGUACGCCGUGUUCAUGGGGUACCUGCUGAUGGGCGUCAGAGGGCUGACCUUGCUGGUGGUUACGUGGUCCACGGCCGUCCUCGGAGGCUAUGUCGACAAUCUGGAGAGGAAAGACUUCUGGUCUCUCACUCUCAUCCAGACUAUCAGGGUCUCUGAUUUUAUUAUACCGGAGACAUUAAGAAAUGUCAUAAACUCUGGAUGGGGUUUGUUGGCUGCUAUAGGUAGCAUGAUCAUCCACUCAAGUAAAACUGGAGAGGAGCCAUCAAAUGCCCGUUGGGCUUUAGCAUAUGGCGUGUUUGCAGUUCAGCUGCUUGUGUUUGCAUUUCUGUUGUGCCCUCUAGCGAUUCUCUAUGUGUUUGGGUUGUUCAUCUCUGCUGGGAUCUCACUAUGGCGUCUUAUAGACCAUGAUUUCGGCAGCAUCAAGGAAGACUCUAACAUGAAGCCUGCACUGGAGGUUUUGUACUCCUUAGCUGUGGCACAAGGCAUUCUAUUUGGCUACAGGUUCAUAUAUUAUCAUGGGGCAAAACGUAGAAUAGCAAAAGAAGUUGGCAGGUGGUAUCAGCUGGAUCAGGAGAUAGUGUUGGAGUACCUAAGAGAAAUGGUCAGGGAAUGUGAGAAGGACCCAUCUUUCGCCAGAGGAAGGAACCUUGUCAAAUAUGCUGCAGACCUGACAAUGAAACCUAACUCACGCAAAAGCUAUCUGUCUGGGGUUCGGAUUCUUGGCGCACUCCUUCGGCCAAAACAUAGGUGUUCUGGACAGGCCGGUCUGAUCAAACAAGUACUAACUGGAUCAACAUCCUUUAGCCAUGUGGUGCGGCAGCUGCUGGAGACAUUUGGUCCUACAAGCCCAUAUAGCUCAGAAAUCAGGGAGGAGGCUGCCAGGAUAGUGGCCCUUGUUGCCGGCAGCAUCCGGUUGGAGCAAUUCCCGGGAGUAGCCAUUCACUGCAUAUCUUCCCUGCUCGACACAUUUGAUGAACACAUCUGGCAGCCUGAGGGAUAGAGAUUGGCUGUUUUAGGAAUACGAUCAAGACUACCUAGCAAUCGACGGCGUCCCAAGACCAAAGGCCGCUGAAGGUGAGUCUCCGGAAAGUGACAAUCACCGGCUCCUCCAUGGCUACAAAGGGCUGGUUGUAGUUGGCCUCCGUAUCCUUCAGAAGCUCGCCGUCCAUGCGGACAACUACAUGGUCAUAAGCAGCACCGAAGGCCUUGUAUUGAAGACCAUGGCGCAUCUAACCUCUGGCCAACUCCACAGGGACCAUCACCAUGAAUGGUGCAGCAUUGCAGUAGAAUCACUGAAACUCAUGAGCCGGCUCAUGGCUGCUCCUGGGGAGUCUGGGACGAAGCUACAUCAUCAGAUAUCAAGCAACAUGGCUGCAGUCAUCAGCACAUCUGAAAGUGUAAUAGAAUGUCCCAGUUGUAACUUACUGCUGAAAAGACAGACCAUACAGGUUCUCCUAGAUAUGUCUGUGGAUACCUCUUUCAUUGCGGCCAGUGAGAGCAGGAAGGUAAUAUUCACCUGGAUACUACUCCACAUUUUUCUUUUGCCGGACCGCGGGAGGUGUGGUUACACUCAUCAUUUGGCAAAGAAGGGCAGUUACAUCAGAAAAUUAGCAGGUGAAAAGCUGCAGUCUGUGCUAUCUUUACAAAGUGAAGGAAGUGAAACAAGAAUGUUACAAUCACUUGGUGAGGUUGCUGGCGACCUCAUCAGUAGAACAAUUGUAGAUGCCAUAGACAACUCACACGGAUCAUAUGCUGUGCAUAUCAUGGCCGAUCUUUGUCAUCGCUACACCGAGCGUGGCGUAUUUCUUCAGGGACUGACCAAUGUGCUGCCAAAGGUUCUUGAAGAAAUAAUUGGUUGCGGCGGGUCGACAAGUGAAGAAAUACAAGUGUUGAGGGAAGAAAACAAGGACCAGGUUUGGGCACCGGGCGCUGACAUAG